AUGCUAAAGACCACUAUAAGCCUCUUCAAACAAGUCAUGAAGCCAUUAUUGUUUGCUCCAUCCUACCACUCACUCAUACUAUAUCAUCGUCUGGCUAGUAUCCCAUGAUUGAUCAUCUUGUGGGCCGUCCGAGUCCGUCUUGGAAACGCGCUCAAGUAUUUUUGGUGAUAUUCUUCUGGUUGUGGCGAAUUAUACGCGGGGGAUCUGGACCUCCAAGGCUGUUCUGGCUUAAGUCUGCAAAUCGAUUCCUGCAGAAAUUCACGCCAUGGCAACUCAUAGUCAGCACGCUUACUGCAGUGUAUGCAAUGCGCAAUUUUGACAAAAUUUUGGGCCUUGAGUCUCCUGAACCAUUACGAUCGCUGUAUUCGCCCAACUACUACAGAGCCACCUGGAUCACCACUGGUUUAGAUGCCGGGUUCGCUACAGCAAUGUCAAUUCGACCAAAGUGGUUGCGUGACAUAUGCGCUCUUGUAUUCUCAGCAUAUUACAUAGCAUACCCUAAUGAGGCGGACGAAAAGCUUCGUCGUUUCCGUGCUGUCCCUACCGUUGAAAUGCUUCGUUAUACUUGGGAAAAAACGUCCAACCCCGUCCUUCGUUUCUUCACUUCUGGGCCUUCUAUUGCCAUGCGCAAAAAGAUUCUUCUUCCCAGACCAACAUCUUCUAUGUAUCGACGUCCAAUAACAUGCUAUAUUUACUAUGCGGAUACACCGGGAAACCUCAAACAAUGUACUGAUUUGAUACUGGAUUUUCCCGGCGGCGGAUUUGUGGCAAUGUCGCCUGAGCAUCACGAAGAUCGACUUAGAAUGUGGGCUCGCGGCACAGGGAAAGCCGUAUUGGCUGUAGACUACGGUAAAGCUCCCGAAUAUCCGUAUCCCUUCGCAAUCGACGAAGCCUUUGAUACCUACCAAGUGCUUGUUGAGUCUGGAGGAUCGGCUAUCGGAAUGUCUGGAAAGAAGUUCAAUGUCGUCAUUACUAGCGAUUCUGCAGGAGCAACCCUUGCAGUGAACGUUGUGCUCAAAAUUUUGGAACAUAACAAUAUGGCACAUAUCGCUCGUAAAACGUCGAUGCCUCUUCCGUUGGCGCUCGUUUUGAACUACGCUGCGCUGGAUUUUAAUUUUACUUCUUGGAUGAAUGAAGAUAAUCUCCGCGUACUGCGCGCUGAAGAAUCGUCCGGUAAUUUACCAGGCUUGAGAGAGCUCGCUAAGCAGAAGGACCACCUAAAACACAUUUCUCCGCUCAGUAUGGUCGGCGACAGAGGCUCUGGAGAAAUCAAAAGACACAAAAGAAUCAAGCGAAAUAAUAGCUGGAAGGACACGCUCCGUGGCCUCACUACCAGUGGCAGCGAGAAAGAGGAUACGUCAUUAACCAGCUCACGAAAACCAAGUUUACGCCGUAUGACUUCUGGUCUCAAAACGCCACCGGGCGGACGUAUUUUCCUGCGUGAAUCUGUAGAGAACGAAGACUCAAGUAAUGACGAGGAUAAAGAUUAUACCCAACGCAAAGAGGAAGACCGCCCUCUACAGGCACGAGUGAAGCAUGUCUAUGCUCAUCCUACGCCCUCGGCGGCUUGGAUCAAAGCUGCGACAGAGAAACAAGAGGAACUUUCUGCAGCGCUGCUGGAAGCCGAUUCGGAAGCUGCACGAGCGAUGCCUUUUUCACACGCAGAUCAAAGAAAGAGGGAACCUAUAGGUGUCAGACUGACGAUGACCAGUCGGACAGGGUACUUUCAAGAUCGAAUUAUUUCUCCCAGUAUGAUGCGUGCUAUGGCCAUCUUGUAUAUUGGACCUCACCGAAAUCCUGACUUUAUGACUGAUUAUCAUCUCUCUCCAAUACUUGCACCGAACCAUCUCCUUGCUCAAUUCCCACCCUUACUAAUGCAAUGCGGCGAAAAGGAUCCAUUUGUGGACGAUACCGUCAUAUUUGCUGGACGUGUGAGAGAGGCCAAACGUGCCAGGAAGAUUGAGUUGGAUCUUGCGAUCUCGGGAAAAAGCGCACGAUUCGGGGAAACCCUCAGGAUGAGCUCAGUAGAUGCAAGCCAUGCAGAGAAUAUAGCUGCGAUGAAGAGGGAACGCGACAAGCUCGCUAGGGAGAGUGAAGACGACUGGGUACAGCUCGUGCUGUUCGCAGAGUGGUCUCAUGGAUAUCUACAAAUGGCCGCUCUCAUCCCCGAAGCCAAAGUGGUUAUCGAAGAUUUGGGAGAAUGGAUAGAUGACGUAUUCCUGCGAUACAGUGGGAAGGAAAACGGUGAAGACGAAGGCCCGACAGCAGAACUCGGGUUCACGAAACCGGCAUCUCCUCGACGGGAAUUGAAGUCAAACAACAACAAACGACAACCAAGCCCUUUCACCUCUGAGACCGAGAAUGACGACUCUGGGAUCAUUUUUCGACUCUACAAAGGUCGAUCCGACCAAACCCGCAAAAGUAGAUGUGAAAACUGAAGCCGAAGAAGAGAAGACGAUUGGACCUGAUGCAGAUGACGAGUAUGAGGUUGGAAAUAUUGAGGGGAUGAGAACGAGUAGCUCACGACAGGGAGGACAAAUCAUCAGCGAAAGCGAACUGAUGCGUCGCCGACGACUACUGGACUCACACAUCUUUAAAUAAAUGAAUUGGUUGUAAGGUGUACCAAAGUAGUAACAUAGGCACAGCUCUUCACAAAGUUGUCACUUUCAGAUCUUGCACAG